ACCACGCUGGAGGCGAGAGGCGAUAUGGCGGCCAGCGAACGCAGUCCACUGCUUGGAGCAGAGAACGGAGGCCACAAGCCCACGGACCACCGACUCACCAAGCUGCAGCAGGAUGAGGAAGCGAACAGUAUCGUUAAAAGCCAUGUCUCCGUUGAAGAGCAGAAGAUGGCGGAUAGCUCGGUGGGAGAAAGGCUGGCCUACAAUGACUAUACCACUAUCGAUUGGCUGCACGACCUUGUGAAAGACUCGUACCGACUUCGCUUCAUCCACAGCCGCAAGGGAUUGCGCUACAAACUCCUGAGCUUGUUUGACGAAGCCUCGGGCUGGAUCGCCGCAGCCUUGAUUGGCACUCUGACCGCUUGCGUAGCCUUUCUAGUCGACGUAGCAACAGCGACAGUGGCAGAUUGGAAGCUUGGCUACUGUUCUCGGAACCCGUUCCUCAACCGCGAGGCCUGCUGUGAGGGCAAGACACCGCUUCUCCUCCGCAGAGGGAGUCCCGGGCCGGAACUGGGACCAGACUGUGACGGCUUCCGCGAAUGGUCCAACAGCUAUGCGCCUCAGUUCGCCAUCUACGUCGCGUUCGCGCUUGCAUUCGGCAUCAUCAGCUCAAGCGCCACGAUGCUCACGAAGCGGUCACUGCCGACCGCCUCUCCAGGCGCCGGCGACAAGAACCAGUACAGCGCACCUCCACAGCCCGUAGUGAGCGGCAAGAGCAUGUACAUGGCCGCUGGGUCCGGCAUACCCGAAAUCAAGACCAUCCUCUCCGGCUUCGUUAUCCCCAACUUUCUGGACUUUAAGGUGCUGUUCGUCAAAGGCUUCGGCGCCAUCUUUGCCGUGUCCACGGGUAUGUGUCUCGGUAAAGAAGGUCCGUUCGUGCACAUAUCGACCUGUGUUGGCUACCUCGUUGCGAAGCACUUUCCAAAGUAUCGCGACAAUGGGCGCAAGAUGCGCGAGAUCCUGUCAGCCGCUUGCGCGUCAGGUCUCAGCGUGGCCUUCGGUGCGCCAAUCGGUGGUGUACUCUUCAGCUACGAGGAGAUCAGCACGUACUUUCCACGUAAGGUGCUGUGGCGAGCAUUCCUGUGCUCGCUGACGGCGGCGAUGGUCCUAAAGGCGCUGAACCCAACAGGCACAGGCAAAUUGGUCCUGUUCGAGACACACUACGGCACGUCGUACAACCCUGUACACUACUUGAUCUUCGUCGUACUGGGCAUUGCAGGCGGCAUCUUUGGUGGUACAUUCUGCAAGGUCAACUAUUACUGGUCGAAGUGGUUCCGCAGCUUCAGUCUGAUCAAGAAUUACCCAGUGUUCGAGGUCUUCUUGGUGGUUGCCGCAACCGCUCUACUCCAAUACCCCAAUCCACUCACUCGGGAGCCCGGCGAUGUCAUACUGAAGAACCUCCUCGUUGACUGCCGUGAAGCUAGUUCCGCCAAGACUUGGGUUUGCGUGCAGGAAGACUUGCCGGGGAAUGAGCGCGGCGCAUAUACUGGCUUCUUAAUCUACGGUACCUUGGCGAAGCUGGGCUUGACCAUCAUCACUUUUGGCAUCAAGGUGCCGUCUGGCGUCAUCAUCCCUGCCCUUGAUGCCGGUGCAUUGUUUGGUCGCCUGAUCGGGCAGUGGAUAGGUGGCAUCUCCCCAGGAAUCUUCGCCAUGGUCGGAGCAGCUGCUUUCCUCGCCGGCGUGUCCCGUAUGACCAUCAGCCUGUGUGUCAUCAUGUUCGAGCUGACGGGCGAAUUGGAGUACAUCCUGCCACACAUGAUCGCCAUCCUUGUCGCCAAGUGGGUCGCUGAUGCGCUAGGCAAGGAAAGUGUUUAUGAUCUGGCGCAGAAUGUGCUCGGGCAUCCGUUCCUGGACGGAGAUCACGCGAUGCAAGUCAUACAGAAACAGGACGCGCUUGCGGAGGCGCUCAUCCCGCCGAAGCAAACGAUGGACGAGAUCACCGUAGUGGUCCCCAGCAACAACAAGGUUCCACGGAGUGUGUUGCAAACAAAGCUGGACCAGUUGAAGAACCGUGGACUCAUGGAUGCGGGACUGGUGCUUGUUCAGAACGGUAGCAUGCUCCAGGGCUACAUCGCAGAAGGCGAGCUCGAGUUCGGCUUGACAGAGCUUGGCCAAUUAUAUUCUGCCGACACUGAGGUACGCUUACUGGGCAAUGCCGAAGAGGGAGACUUCGACAUGUCACACUUCGUUGACCGUACGCCCGUCUCGGUGUGCGCAAAGGCGCCCAUGGAGUACGUCGUGGAGAUGUUCGGCAAGCUGGGUUUGCGACACCUGAUGGUCACGGAGGAGGGCAGCGGUCGGCUCGUGGGCGUGAUCAUCAAAAAGCGACUGGUCGCGUACCUAGAUCAUCACGCUCCUGUCAACCGAGACCGAUGUCCACCCCGAACCCUAGCAACUUGUCUUGAGAUGGCGUCUCUUGGAACUUCCAGCAUGCCCGGCUGAAUAUGGUACGAGGCACAGUCGAGGUUGCAUCGAAGGUUGAUCAAUAUUAUGCGUGUGAUCAAUUAGCGCCAUCCACCAACUCGCCCUUCAUCCCAUCGUUCCUUCCUCUCCCUGCGCAAGAAGGCAGUUUUCUUGGCUUCCUUCACACGCCUUACAAAGUCCGUCAGCUCACGUUCCGUCGCUACGCCUUCUUCCUCGAGCCAGCUGUCUUCAAUGCCACGGACCAGUUGGUCUUGUUCCUGCAUGCUGGCAUUUAGGCGCUGGUACAAGGCCAUCGGGCUGAAUGAAGAGAGUGCAUUCUCCGUCUCGGACAACUUGGAGCGGUGUUGCUGCUCUAAUGCCUUGAGAGCAAGGAGACGUGAUUGGGUCGCAUCUCUUAGUGAAGUCAGAUGCUUUUCGAGCUCCUGGACGGACUCCGCAAGCUGGACGUUACUUUCAA